AUGGCGCACUCCCCGUCCAACUCAGGGAUCAAGAACUUACGCGACUUCUUUGCACGCGGCGAUAGGGAAAUGAUCUCUCCGGAGCUCAAACAAGCACUGUCCUUGUUGCAACUAUCCGGCCUCGACAACCUCGAAGAGCGCUUUCUCGCAACUACUGCAUUUCUAGAGCCGUGGGCUGUGUUCCGCGAUUCGAUCUUCCUGUUGCGACCGGAUGCAAUGCCUCGUGCGACAACGAUAACUAGAGAAGACCGGAAGGAUGGAAUCUCGCGCACAGACCUAUUGUGGUUUUAUACACAGUUCGAUGAAGGGAUACGCCGCUACGAUCCACGUGCGAACAAGUACAGUGGGGAGUACACAACUGACUCCAGUUUUCAUGGUGUGAUCGACAAGAGCAACUGGAAUGUGCAGGCGUACGAGAAGCAUCUCUUCGCUUGGCUGCUGCAGGUAUUCAAGGUUGGUAAAUCACGCAACCCAUGGGGCUUUGACUACUUUGAGCUUUGCAACAUAUGCAUUGCCUGGGAAGCGGUGUUCGUACCGAUCAUUGACGCAGUCCGUACUUCCUACAGCGUCAGAGGCCGACGACACUACGGUCGCCUUGCACUCUACAUCGAAGAACGAUGCCCAUCUGGUCUUGCAUUCCCAAAGGGCAAUGUGAUAGUACCUGAGGGAAGCCCGAUAUCGCCCACUCCGUACCGAAUCAUUUCUUUACCCAAGAAAGUCAUCGGCGAUGAUGGCGCUACAUUCCAAAAGCGUGUUGAAGGGGCCGGCAUGCUUACACGAAAGCACUACGACGACACCGAGAAGGAGCUUCGCGACGUGUAUCCUCAGUACGGCGGUUUGGUUGAGCGACCUAAGUUCAAACACAAGAUGGAGGAGUGGUUGAAUGAGCAACGAGCACGAGCAGACCGUAGGAAGGCCGCGGAAACCAAUGGUGAAGUGAAGAGUUUGCAGCCCCAGAUGGUGAACCGGCACGGUAGUCGAAGCCCUAUGAAGAAGAGCUCUCCCACCGAACACCACAACAAACGAAACAGAGACGGUAACGAAAGCCCGAUCAGAAGAUACCCGGGUAGUAUUCGUCGCUCGCUGUCUCGUGGCGUGUCCAGAACGGCGUCAAAGGAAGAGCCGAAGAGUCCGUCAUACGGUGGAACACGGCAAAUCCAUAUCCAUGGUGAAGGUCCAAUUCACCGUGCGUCUAGCCCCCGAGACCUCUCGUUAGGUGAGAGUUGCAUGAGUCUUGCUUCAUUGGAAUCUUCCAAUACGACCUUAGUCACACCAUGGCCACGCCCCAAUCCAGAGCACAAGCCAUCCAAGCAAAACGUCUUCACUUCGACCCAUCACUUAGAUUCUUCUAGCCUGUCACACAACCCCCAGACCGGACAAACACACGAUGAUGCAGAUGUGUCAGAGUUCUCGUCCAAGGGCCAGAUGGGUGCCGUACCGCAACCAUUACCCCGUCAGUACCAACAUGACGAGCGGGCUGCACCACAGGUGUUAGGAAGCAGGGCUUGCGCAGAUGUGCGGGUGCCCAGCUAUGAAGGUAGCGGUUGGGAUGACGAGAUCUCGUUGACGAAGCUUCACACUGUACGUGAAGGCGCUACUGAUGAACCGCAAUGCAUUCAGCCUGCAAAGCCAGCUACAAGGCUACCCGUUCCCAUCAAACCAGCUCCGUAUUCUGGCGAUCUUCGAAUUGGUGUAAAGGACAGCCAUCUCAGGCAGAUACCUAAGCCUCUUCCUUGGCCAGGCACUUCUCCGCCUAAAGCAACAGCAUGGCCGGGGAUGGACGAGCUUAUUCCGUCCGUUCCCUCUGAGAGUUCCGUGCGACAGAAUUGUACCCAGGAUUAUGUCAGCGGUUUCCGUCCUCAGCAACUUGUGCGCGAUGAGUCCGAUCGCAGUAUAGCCCGUAUCGUUUCGAAGGAAAAUAUUCGCUCCGUACUCAGACAUAACUCUCUGAACAGCUCAGCCGAAGAUUUGACUCAGCCGCCUCCCGUAUCGCUUUUGCUAGGACGCGAUAGAACCGCGAGCCCUAGCGGUACCAGGCUACAGACGUACAACGCAAAUCUAUUUCCACGUAGAGAGGAGCGCAGGGGAACGCCGGUAGGAGGUCGAGUUGGUGCGGAAAAGAAGAGGGAUGCACCCGGUGGUUCCUACGAGAUGGAUGACUUCAGCAGAGCGACAGAUGGCCAGGGCGUGCAGAAUACGACUGCAGGAAGUGAUACACGAUACCACGAGAGAUAUCAUGGAAUGCAUGCGCCUGAUGACCGCCGCAGCUUCGAGAAAUGGAUCUAA